CCACUUUCUGUCGGUCCGCGGGGAAGUCGCAAGAUGGCCGACGUCGCAUGAAAGUAUGUUCCUCUCCUCAACAUGAAGUCGUGAGUGAGACAGAGAGCGAGGGAGUUUACGUCGGGCUUUUGUUUUUGUUUUAUUUUAGUUGUUUUACUUUAUUUCCCCCUUAAUUAUUCAUCUCAUUCCGAAUCGCGGCAGCCCCCGAUUUGUCUCGACUAGUUGACGCGUCAAUCACGCCGGGAUCUUCGCUAACUGGCUAACUGCGCGAGCUAGUGUGUUAGCCACAAACUGUAGCUCUUAUAACUGUUAACAUCACAGUACAUACUGUAUUCACUAGCAGCUAGAGUUUGUUUGAAUUAUCUAACGCAGUCAUGUUGGAUAUCAACGGCGUAGUUGUUGUUUAGUUUGCAGCUAGAUGGGAUACAAAUACGAUUAUAUUUUGAUGUUACCAACAUUUUCGACAUCAUAACUAGCGCGCGCGCCGUUAUCCUCCAUCGUUACGUUGCACACCGUGCAACACUGUAAUUGAUCAACAUAGAAAGACUGUAGUGGGAUUGUAAUAUUGGCACAGUAAGGAAUGGACACAGAUUGCAUUUGCACGACCAAACGUACAAAAUAGCCACGCGUAUCUGGAAUUUUACUGGGGGCGGUUCAUAGUUAAAUUUGUGGGAUAAUUUUACCAGACAUUUCAGCUCUUUAGUUAUCCAAGUAUAACCGGACAGAUCUAGUUCUGAGCACACGGCCUAGAAAUCAACUUCUUAACAAGGUUCAUCCAUCUCACGCGCUCAGACACAAUAUGGGAGUGCAAGGGUUUCAGGAGUAUUUGGAGAAGCGCUGCCCCGGGGCGGCAGUUCCAGUAGAUCUUCUCAAGCUCGCGCGAACGGUAGGCCGUCAGCCCCCACAUCACCACCACCACUACCACCAUCCCCAUCACCCCAGCUCGCUGCCUCCGCCUCCCCCGCCAGCGCGCAUUCUGGUCGACGCAGACUCCGGCCUUCAGCGGCUCUACGGGGGAUACCAGACCGACUGGGUCUGUGGAGGCGAGUGGAAUGCAAUGCUCGGCUAUCUGGCGGCGCUCUCCCAGGCCUGUCUGUACCAAGGCGGACUGGAGCUGGUGGUGGUCUUUAACGGAACGCUUGGGAAGGACCGCUGGCCGGAGUGGGCGCGGCGGGCGCAGGGGCAGCGACAGACCGCACAGCUCAUCGUCAACCACGUCGGAAGCAAGGCCACGCCCCCUCCUCGGGCCUGGUUCCUGCCCCCGGCCUGCCUGAGCCACUGUGUCCGCCUCGCCAUGUUCCGUUUCCGCGUGCGGGUGGUGCAGACCCUGGAGGACCACCAUCAGGAGGUGCUAUCCCUGUACAGAGACUAUGGUUUUCAGGGUCUGAUUGCACAGGACUCAGAGUUUGCCCUAUGCAAUGUUCCGGCCUAUUUCAGCUCCCACGCUCUCAAGCUCUCCUGGAAUGGCAAGAAUCUGACCACUCACCAGUACCUGCUAUCGGAGGCGGCUCGCCAGCUCGGCCUCAAGACCCAGCACCUUCCCAUCUUUGCUGCUCUUCUUGGUAACCACAUUAUGCCAGAUGAAGACUUGGCUGCCUUUCAUUGGAGUCUACUAGGCCCAGAACACCCUCUUGCCUCUCUUAAGGUAAGGGCUCAUCAGUUAGUGCUCCCUCCAUGUGAGGUUGUUAUUAAGGCUGUAUCUGAGUACGUGGCUUCCAUCAAAGAUCUUGGGAAUUUAGAUUCGGUGGCCAAGGAUGUUUUCAAGCAGUCACAGUCACGAACCGAAGAUAAAUUUGAGAGGUUUAAGAAGGCAGUGGAAUAUUUUUCAGCAGCCAGUAAACCAAGACCUCUCUCCAUGGGACCUUCUCCUUACCUCUUUCCAGGCUUUGGGCCUAGUCAGUUUAGCGGACCUCCAGGCCAUAUGGGGGCAAUGCAGCCUAUAAAAGCUCAAUUUGGUCCACCCCAGGUGUCAGGUGUUAAGGUGCCUUAUCCAGGUGGGCUCUACGGACCCAGCCCUGCCACUGGUCCAGCCCUUUUAUGCCAGAACCCAAAUCAGCCUCUGCAGGACUGUAAUGAUUCACUAGUUGGGAAAAUGGGCUUUGCUGAUUGGUCUGCUCCAUAUGAUUCCUCUCAAAGUGGCAACCGACAGCCCAAUCAUCACACUGCUGCUCCUACAGGCCCCUCCCCCUCAUCAUCGUCAUCUUCAGAUGGGGAGGACCAAAAUGACACCAGCACUAAUCAUUUGGCUGACAAGUCUACAAGAUGGGAAGAUCCCAGUGGACGGGGUGGCAGUGGCUCUGGGGAUGGGCACCAUGGUAAUGGAAGUGGGCCGUCCAUUCCAUCAUUGCUGUCCAUGCCUACGCGGAGUCACAUGGACAUCACCACUCCACCCCUUCCACAGGUCAGUGCCGAGGUGCUGAGAGUGGCAGAACACAGACACAGAAGAGGACUCAUGUAUCCACAGAUCUACCACAUCCUGACCAAGGGGGAGAUGAAGAUGCCAGUGUGUAUAGAGGAUGAGUGCAACCCCGACCUGCCUCCUGCUUCUCUACUUUUCCGUUCUGCCCGCCAGUAUGCCUACGGGGUGCUGUUCAGCUUGGCUGAGACCCAGCGGAGGCUGGAGAGACUGGCCAUGCGCAAGCGUAGUCCAGUUGACGUGCCUCCGGUGAUUGUAAAGGAGUGGUGUGCCAGUAAAGCUAAAUCUGCCCUGACCCCAGAGCUCGUUCCAGCCCUGUGUUUCCGCGAGUGGACAUGUCCCAACCUGAGGCGGUUGUGGCUGGGCAGAGCGUCUGAGGACCGUAGCCGUCGUACACGAGCCUUCCUAGCCUGCAUGCGCUCUGACUGCCCUGCCCUGCUCAACCCAACCUGUGUGCCAUCUCACCUGCUGCUCAUGUGCUGUGUGCUCAGGUAUAUGAUGCAGUGGCCGGGGGGUCGCAUUCUUCAGCGCCAUGAGCUUGAUGCCUUUUUGGCUCAAGCUGUGUCCAACCAGCUCUAUGAGCCUGACCAACUUCAGGAACUCAAGGUGGAGAAGGUGGAUAACCGUGGGGUGCAGCUGGCCUCUCUGUUCAUGAGUGGAGUGGACACUGCCUUGUUUGUGAAUGACGUAUGUGGACAGCCCCUGCCGUGGGACCACUGCUGCCCUUGGGGCUUUUUCGAUGGGAAGUUGUUCCAGAGCAAGCUGGCUAAAGCCACCAGAGACAGAGCCUCCUUACUUGAUAUGUGUGAAGGCCAGGAGGAGUUGGUUUCAAGGGUGGAGAAAAUGCGGCAGGCCAUUCUGGAGGGCAUCAACCUGUCCCGGCCGCCUCCCCCACCUCCACCACUGCCACCCCCUGCAUUCCUCCCCCCUGCCAUGGUGCCCCCUUUCUACCCCAUGCAUCCUCUGUACCCUCCUCGCCCAUUGGGCUCUAUGCCACCACCUCCUCACCAUCACCACCAACACCGGCCCAGGGCCUUCCCAGGAAUCCAGUCUAUACCUCCUCAGGGUGGCAAGCUGGAAAUAGCUGGCAUGGUUGUUGGUCAGUGGGCUGGGAACAAACCAGUCCGUGGCAGAGUCAAUAUGCAGGUGGUGUCAGUAGGAGGGAGAGGAAGGGGUAAAGAAUUGACUGUGAAAGGAAGGGGAGGGAAGAAAGAGACCACCAACAGAACACAGACUCUGUCCUCUUCACCACCCUCCUCCAGCCCCCCAAAGCUCACUGAGGACGCUACAGCGGUGGGGCGGCCCACGGAAGGAACGGGGACUGUGUCACAGCAGCUGAACGGCAGCUCUUCAGGAAGCGCCACUGGUCAAGCUCUUGACCUGCCACCACUGGCCCAGCCAAUCCAGUGUGCCUUAGCCAGCAGAGACAACCAGUCAGGAGAUGGUGUGGAGGUAGAGGCCCAUUGUUGCCUUGACGACUGCCCAUCAGAUGGUGCACUACAGAAAGAGGAGUAAUUACAUCCCAUAAUUUAAUAAGGAAUGAGAGAGUGAGAGGGAAUGAUCUAAGGUCGACUGCCUUUUCAUUGCAAAAUUGAAUAUUUAGGGCACAGUAGCCACUUUGUGUUGUCAUGGUAUACUUUAUGAUGCUGCACAUGCUGGAAACGACAGAUGGACAGUGUCAGGAAUGCGGUCUAUGUGUCACGUUUAAAUAACAACCCAUGAUUGCACGUUGCCCUGAAUCUUCGGAUUCUGGACCUCAUCCUUUCCACUGGCCCAUCAGUGUUGUAGCAUCAUGAAAAGCUCUCGAGUCUUUAUUUCGACACUGUUUUCUUUUCAGACCUUAGUACAUUAAUGGUGACCUUAUAUGUAUGAAUUGCCUAAAAUGGCUACGAAAAGCCCCUUAUUGCCCAAAGUAUAUUUGAAAAUUGACCUACAGAAAAUAAUUGCACGUGUCAAGUAGCACAGCUGCUCUAAAGUUUCCACCACACAGCAAGAAUCACUUUAUUUGUACUACACAUGGCUGUAUCUGCAGUGUACCAAGGAUUCAAAGUCAACACUGCCCUGAAUACAGUAGACGAGUGGAAACUGACGGAGAACGUGGGUUGUAUUUGUAUGUCACAGUGUGCAUUCACACACAUGGUAGUCCCUUUGUUUUUGUUUUUUUGAUUAUCUUAUCAAAGAGUGAUUUGCAUGUGGAGAAGUUGCUAUUGUCUUUAGCACAGGGGCCACGGGCGGCCCGAGAAGUUCAGGUUCAGAGAGGCAUGUUUGAGUAACGACGAGCAAAUGGAACAGAAAGAUUCGUACAGGUUACACUCAGAAUCACAUAGCUAGCUCUACUUUGUUGCUUUCUCUCACAUGUAGACAAUUUUCUUUUAGGCCCACAUCCCCUUGAGGAUUCACAGCAGUACCAAGUAGUUCUAAAUAAGAUAUUUAAAGCACCUUAUGCCCGAAAUUAUACAUAUGCAAGUUCACCCCCUCGAAUGAGGAAGAAAUACCCUUAGAAACUGAUUGUAUUGCAACGUAAAGCACUUAAAAUGUUAUUAAUGAUAGCUCUGCGCUAUAUUGAGACAGUAAAUUGGUUAACGUCCUUUUAUUGAGCAGCAGACCGUCAUUCCUUUUGACAGUUUAACUGUCCAGAUACACUUUACCUUGCGUGUUGUUUACCAGUAUGACGUACAAAUCAACACCAACCCACUUGAAUGUGAGAACGGAGUGCGUCGUAACCUGCACUUUGUUUUAAAACUGAAAACACACUGGGUUGUCCUCGAACCAGGAUAAAGAAAAAUUGAGGCCUCUGGCAUAGUUAGGGAGGAAGCAGUGUGUUUGGAGGGAACUGUGAUACUGUUUGACAUCCCAGCCGUUUGUAUAUAGACCCAAAUGUACAUGAUCCUAUUACGCAAUGAUGUGAUUUAGGAGAGUGAUUUUAUCAGUGGUCGAGAAUGCACACAGUCCCUCAGACAAACCUGCCAUUUAUCAUCUCUCUGCUUCACAACAUUUUGGUUUUGGGUUUUAGCAGACGCAACCAUCCCCCACCCCCCCAACUCACUCGCCCCCACCCAUUGUACAUGUGUACCAUGUGGAUGAUUUUUUGUAAAUGUGCAUUCUCCCACCAUCGCUAAAAUAAUAGUAGUUUUGUUACGUGCAAAAUACAUUUAAUUGAACCGAUCUUAGAAUCACCUUUUAUUGUGACAAAAUCAUUUUAAAAAAAAAAGUCAUUUAAAAAAAAAAAAAAUGGAGUCUGUGCUUCUCCAGACUGUUUUGUAAUCAGUCCGUCUCGUCUUGUUUUUGUGACAGUCCUAUUAACUCAUGCACUUCUAUGUUCAAAACAUCUAAAUCUAUUGAAGCGAAUAGGCUUUAAAGUGAAAACGAAUGAAACACCCUGAUAAUUAAAACAGCACUUGCCGUUAGAUUGACCACUUUGCAUCAGAUGGUUAGGAGAUUAAUUUUACUUACAUGUUUUAAAUGAAUUUUAAAAACAUAAUACAUGUUUUGUACCAAUGAUUUGUUGGAUGUAAUGAAUGAGAAUUUAAUUUUAAGAAUAACUAGUACACUUGAGAGAGGCUAUUGCAUUUAAUCAUAGUUUAAGAUCUGUACAAUUGACAAUGUCAAGAUUACAUCACAGCUUUCUAUUGAAGUUAUAAGAUGCACCUUAUUUUGCUAAGAAGUUAAUAUUAUAUUUAGUGCCAAUAAAAAUAUAUUGAAAGCUCUUUAAAUCAAAUUAUGGAAGACGCCCAUUAUAGUUACAUGUCUAUGUAUAUUCUGCAAAUUUUCACUCUUGAGGAACCCAGACAGAUCAGCCCAUCAGAAAUAUCAUGAUGACCUGAAGAAUGCAUUGUUAAUCCAGUUUGCUCUAAAAUAAGUUAAAAAAAACAAAUGACAGUGAUAUAUCAGUGUCAGAAUAUGACAAUACUGGACAUACCGGACAGACUUUAAACCAAGAAUCUUGACUGUAGCGUGACCGGUACUAUUUGUGAACUUAAACGCUACACUCUCAUGCACGCUAGAGCAUUUUAAACCUCAACCUUAGGUUGUCACGUUUUACUACGUGUUAAGUACAGUAGUGCUAGUUUUCAAGAGAGGAUUUCCAGCAUGUUAGUGAAUAUGAACAUGCAUAUGUACCCAUUAAUGAAAUUUCGGUUUCCUCAGAAUAACAGUAGAUCCUUUUAAAGCAUUCAGUCCUGUUUCAUCUGUGAUUUAACAGCCGUUUCAGUUAGUUGGGUUUUUUCUCAGUGUGUUUGUCAUAGAGCAUUAGUAACUCCUUCACAUUUAGUUAUAAGUGUAAUCUAAGAAAGGAACAGCAUAAACCGAAAUAUACACACCAAAUAAAGAUAUAAUCUUUCUCUCUCUCUUCCUCUCUCACACACACCUUAUACCUUUGUUAUACCUGUAGAGAGACAUCGGUUAGUAUGAGGGAGAAAAAAAAAAAUAGUAAAACUUUGGCAUAUUCAGAUAUUAAUGUAUUGUCCAGAGUGUUCAUUUCUCUUAUGAAUAUUUGGUUUCUUAAUUUGCAGUUUCAGAUGCUUGGUUCCAAAGUUACCCUCUCCAAAGCUUCUCUGCUUUGCUGUUUUAGAUUGCUGCUUAAACUCUCAUUCAUGCAUUUAUAGAGAUUCAUGUGAGAGUAAAAUAUAGACUAAGAAAUAUUGAGUUUUUAAUUUUGAAUCAGAAGGAUUCUCUGGAGAUCAGUGAGGUUGUUAGAAUGACACUGUUUUGCUCCAGAUGUUGGUCUUGUUAAAACCGAUAAAACAUUUGGUAACAAACGCAAACCCCUAUGCGUCCCCCCCCCCCCAAUAGUCACAAUAAGUUCAAGUGUUCUCCCUCUUCAUAACUCUCGUCUCUUCAUUCUUUUAUUCUUGCCUUUGUUUCCCCCGCAGCAACUAUCCUUACAUUUUCAUACUAACAGUGAGAGAUUUGAACUUUUAUAAUUAGUCUAUUAAUCUGUCUGUAAGUAAUCUUAGACAAGAGUUGGUAACAUUUUCAACAGUGAAUCGAGAAAUUUAACUUUACCAUCUUUGGUUUCAUUCAGUUGUGAAAUUGUGUUUUUCUUUUUUUUUUUCUUUUUUUAUGUUGUUACAACAGCUACUCCUUUGACCGUUGCUACAUUUAGUAUUAACAUUUGCUUAGCUGAGAUAGCUAGAUAUUUUCAACUGUAAUGAUUGCGAUUUUCCUCACCUCUAUUUUGUAUGGUAUCGUUCAAACCACUUCACCAUUAUGAUGUAAUUGUCACUUAUAGAAAUAACGUAGUACAUUGUGUUUGGACAUCGAUUGUUUUCAGUCUCUUUAAAAUUGUCAAUUUAAAAGCAGAAUUAUUUUGAGCAAAUUAUGCGUCCUUGCACACAAAACAGACUAAUACACAUUUGUGCAACAUAUUAAUUUUCAACCAAAGUCAAAGUUCUGGAUACUACUAUUCCAGUAUAUAGUAAACACUCUUGAUUCUCUUUCUGGAUCCUGUAUAUAUAAUUAUACAGCUACGUGUUUUCAUUAAUUGAGCUAUUAGAAUACGUAAGGGGUCCGUAAUCAGAUACUAAAUGAAGAAAAUGUGUUUACAUCUUUUUGGUGAACAGUGGCUAGAUCUUGUAUCGUCCAGUUUUAUUGCUAAAAUUAAGAUUUCUUUAUUUCCUCUCAAGUGGAGCCUUGGACACAGCUCUUCAUAGCGAUUAACCCUAGAACACUUCUUCAGCUCCCAUGCACAUGUAUCGUCCCUCUGAAAAAGUGUAGCUUCAGUGUAGUCAUGGAUAGGUUAACUGUGAACACAUACUGUAACCAUGCACACACACACACACACACCCAACAGCUAUUUUGGUAAAGAGUUUUGCCUGUGCAUUCCUGUAGAUUUGUGUCUGGACCUCAGAUCUGACUCUUGCUUUAUAACUGUUAUCCCUGUAUCCUGGCUCUGCCGCCCUUCACUCCACAGGACCACUGGUGUGGUCAGGUUUCGAUCCUAGUCUGAUAACAGCAAUGUGUUGUGUACAGUGGCCCGCUGACAUCCUACAUUUUCUGGAAGUAUCUCGUCCCCGUUGCUUUCUAGCAUGUGCCCCCAAGACCAUCAAGUCAACAUCCAUUUGUAGGCAACACAUUCUGUCGUCUGUUCUUGGAAAACCGAUCCGUUCAUCAACACAAACGCAUUGAUGCAUGCAUCAAGAUCUCCAAAAGCUCCAAAAAACUUGUGAAGUGAAGGGUAAAGUUCAUUAUUAUUAUUGCUGUUAUGGUUAUGAUCGUUAUUAACAAUUUCUCAUUUUUAGUAUAAAGGAAGCACCUGAUUGUUUUGGAAAGAAACUUUUUCUUUUUAAUUUGUCUUGCUGUUGUGGUCUGAUUUCAUUGUGGAUUGGGGAGAAAGCCAAAAGGCUCAGAGAGAGAGAGAGAGAGAGAGUCAAAGUUGGCAGUCAUGUUUGUAUGGUUGGGAAAUGACUUACAGUGCUGAAAUAAAAUUUAUUCUUUUAGUAAA